AUGAAGACCAAGGAGCGCGAAGAUGGAAGCUUCAUGCGGAUCGACGUCAUUUCCAUGUUGAAGCUGUUGCUAGUCUCGGGCAUCGCUGUCACGUUUCUCGCUCUCUUCGUACUGAUCGGCUUCGGUGGCUCCCCUGCUGUGGCUAACUCUGACUGGACGAGCAGUCCGACUCGCUGCACGUCGGACUUCUCCAUCAGUCUGUACAAGGAGUGCCUCGGCCCCAACAGUACAGUCAGCGCUAAAGACGCCGAUGCUAACGGAACAGUGUCUGCAAUCGACGAGGUUCUGAGGCUCUCGAUCAGCGAACAAAGGUCCGUCCUGACGUGCAUGUUCGACUCCUGCACGAACCGAACAAACCGGCCGUUUACCAGCCGCGAACAAAGUCUCCAUGUCGUGCACUACUCGUUCGGACUUAACGGAUUCAAGCAACUAAACCGCUACUUCUACCUCGAAGCUUCGUUCCCGAAUUUAAAGAAGACAAGUCGCUCGUUUGACGUUACCAUGACGCCUCACAUCAAAGGGUUCUACCUCAACGAGAGUAGCGGCAAUCAAACGUACGCCAACAUCAUCACUGACGUCGUUCAGAAGACAGUCACUGUCGAGUGUCAAGCAGGUGCAACGUCCUGUGAACCCACCUAUUUCCUACGAUUUGGAGACAUCGACUUCAACGACUACCAAGUGGACGUGUUGUUCAACUCCACCGAGAGCUUGGCGUUGAGCAGCUCCAACGUCCAAUUCCGCAAGACAUGGGGCACUGAAUCGUUCACCACUUGGCUCAUUGGCAUAAAGUUUCUCUUCCUGUUCGUGUCUGCGUUCUUCGCCGGCUGGUACAUCUACAGCGUCACCAAGUUGUCGUCACGAGAGCAGAACGUGGAGCAAGGCUUCGUCAUGGCUCUCGCGCUGUCGUUGAUCCUCUUUAACGACCCCUUUUACUUCACUGAGGCCACGUAUGGCAGCAACGCAGCUCGGAUUCUCAGUGUCGGCUUCCAAGUUACCUUCUUCCAGAUGCUGCUACUGUUCUGGCUGGUCGUUAUUGACAAUUUACGUCUUCAAGGCAUGGAGAACGGCGUGUCGAACCUGAAGUUCUUCGGCCCAAAGCUACUCUUCGUGGCGUUUUUCUGGCUGAUCAUGGUGAUUUACUAUGGCUACAUCAAGUACAACCGCAACAACGACGUCACGUGGGACCCCCUAGCAGAGAACAGCAACUUUGCCUCCCUCAAAGCGCUUUGCGGACUGCUAAGUGCCGCCUUUAUCGUGUGGUAUUUAACGCUCAUCGUGCUGAGCAUGCGUGAGAUUCGAGCUCGUCGUGUGAGAUAUCGCUACCUGAUUGUGCUAAGCGUCUUGAUGGUGGUCGUAUCGUUCGCUGGCCUUGCUAGUGGCGAGCUAUCGCCCACUCCUUCAAGCGGUGGGGCGUGGACGUCACUUCAGACGAUAUUCAACAUCUACGUGUAUACACUGUGCUACUUGUACGCCCCCAAGAGCACCGCUGUUGACCCAGAUCAAGUUGAACUGGCUGGCGUUAACGAGAUCCGUGAGACGGAUGUAGCCUAA